AGGGUCAGUCGCACCCCGGGCUCCCCGCCAGCAACCCGACAGCUCAGCGACCAAGCCGGCAAAUAGACAGUCGCUGAGAGCGCAACAGUCUGUGAACGGGCCUCUAAAGUGACUUCUUCGCCUCCGGAGCAGCUCAAACAGUUUUCUGAGCCCCAUCACCCAGUGUUGUCGCGAUGUCCGGCUCGGUGCGGCCCCACUGUCUGCUGAUGGCCCUGCUGGUGGUGACGGUCGCUGCCGAAUGGAAGUUCGACCCCUGGAGCCAGCAGUGGGUGAACGAGGAGGCCAAGCAGACGGUCCAGUCGCGCCAGGGGCACUCCUACCAGCAGAACUAUCAGCAAAACUACCAGCAGGACUACCGCGACUACCACGCCCAGAAGCGCAAGGAGACCAAGACGGUCGAGUGCAAGAAGCGCAACAGGGACGGCCGGUGUCUCACCAAGGCCGAGCGCGAGCUGCUGCUCCCCAACGGUUUCGCGCUGGGCUUCGAGCCCAAGGUGGCCUUCAACCUGUACGACGAUACCGACAUGGGCAGACUGAGGGUGCAGAUGAAGACCGAUAUCUCGUACGUUCCGCCUGCGAAUCUGGUCGACGCCGCCGGCAGGUCCCUGGGCAGCAACGCCCGCGUGAUGAUGGACAAGAGGAUACUCUACAACACUUUCAAAACCAUGAUGUCAAAGUUCGGCGCCGACGGCGACGCGUGUCUGCAGAGGGCCGUCUGUGAGGUCGCUGAGGCGCCGCUCAGGAGGGACGGCAUGAUCGGCGAGAUCCUCAACCUGGUUCUCUCGCCGUCUCACCGGCUGGACGAGUCUCUCUCCGAGGACGUGGCCGAGCUGCUGGUGGCCGAGCGGCGCGGCCGGGAGGUCGGCGAGUGCCACAUCGCCUACCCGCGCUGCCCCCUCUCGCUCUUCAACGUGAUCGACUCGGCGUCCGACUACACGGGCAGCAUCCUAGACGCCCUGGCCGACCACGACCAGAUUGUCAGCUGAACGAGACUUCAUCAACGGCGGGACACAGCGCGAGCUCGAGCGGCCCCACACCGCGCCGCACGGCCCCCGCAGCGGAGAGCUGGGAACGGUGAAUGGAAGUUCCGGAGGGUGGUCCUCACAGAAUGUGUGUUUGUUGUUAUUGUUAUCGGUUGUUGUUAUUGUUAUAGUCUGCUGGUCGAAUUGCCUCGCCGGUUGGACAUUAUUUAUGCGAGCUUGAGAAGGAGAGUUGUGUGGGCCUAUGAUGAAUGGUGGCUCAUAGCCACAAGGGUUAUGUAUUGGGUUGCGUAGACCUCGUUGGCAAGAAGUAUGCGACAGAGAAGUGAUCGUAAUCAGCAGAAAGGCUAAGUAAAUGAUGCAUGGGGCAUUGCAAGCAUCCCUUGGGCAGUGCUUAAAUCAUAGGAAACGCGUUGCCCGAUUCGCGAUCAAAUACAAUUUCAUUUCGACAUUUACUUCAGCUUUAACUGCAUGUGUUCACAAGAACCUCUCACGUCUCGAUAUUAUUUUCAGGAUAAUAUACACAAUAAACGUCAAACCAAUCGAUCCAUGUCGGUCAAAUUCAAUGAUGUUCCCCUAGCUGUUUCAGCGAAAGCCAUGCGUGUAUCUUGAUCCUAAUCAUAAGUGUUAAUGUCGUGUGUGUAUGGACCAUGUAAGACUGCCGAGUUACAGCAAUAAAACGGCUGUGUACUUGA